AUGCUGGACGACCUUUCAUCGACGGCGACAAGUGUGGCGGUUCCCCCGGGCCUCGAUCAGGAGCGAUACUCUUCAACCAGCUCAAAUUCUGAAAAACCGGCUCCUAACACCAUGACUUAUCUCUCGAACACGAACUGUCAGGUUCCGGGCCUGAGAGAGGAUUUUGAACUGUACAAGGUUUGUUGUUUUCCUGCCAACGCGCAGUCCUUAAGUCCCAUGGGCCUUUAUCUGUUGGCCUUACUUAUCCCUCCUCAAAAGCGAUAGUUUCUCUAAAAAUUCCAAAAAAUGCGGAGGGAUCCUAAUUGGUUGGCACUGUCCCUAAAGCGGGCUGCGCGGUAGAUGCGGUGGACCAAUACGGGGGGCUAGAUUGGAGCCUGGCAAGAGUUAUUGGGAUUUUGCACCCGUAACAAAUACCAGCAUUGGAGGUGUGGUGGCGCACCCAGUUGCGGGCCCACGCCGUGCCAACCGCAGUCCGGUCUGCCUUCCCCUAAUCGUGUAAUCUUGUUCGAUGUCUGCUGUGAAUCAGGGGGUUUGCUGGUGCGCCUAGGCGCGGGUCUUCGCCGCGCCAACCACCUGCGUCCUCCCUCACCUCCGGUGUUUUUGAUUCUGUCAUGGCACCGGGCCCAGGUGCAGGAGGGGAGUUCGAUAGCUGCUGCGCAAGUCCACUGUCACUAUAAACUAAUUCACGCACAGGUCACCGUCCUAGCCCUCACCCUGCUGUGGAGCAUACGGUGGACAUCGUCGGUCGCGACGGUCGAACUGUUGGUUAGCGCUGGUCUAGCGCCAUACAGAUGUUGGACUUUUUCGUCCUGAGAGUGCCGCAGACUGACCCCACACUUCUCAGUCCUCAUAUGGGUGAUGAGUGUGUCUUCUCCCUGGAUAAAAUCAAUUGACAGUGACAUAAGGCCUCUUUGGCCUAAGGGCUGAUGCUGGCCGUCAUUCAUUUGCUGACAUUGGAUAGAUUGCACGAAACCUGUUCCGCGUUCUAGCUUGAUUGAGUCUUUCCAACUUAACAAAAGUAUCGAACUUUCUCAGUACAUUUGCCUCUUUACUGAUGCGAACUUGGUGACCCAGCGUUCCGAAUAUGAACAGUCUUAGCACCUCUAGCCAACCCGGUCUUAUAAUUGCAGUGUCGCCAGCCUCCCAGCUGAGCUGAGUAACCUGGAGCAGCCACAAGUGGCGGAUGGUGGGAUGGCCAGCAACGGAAGCCAGUCACGAAAUAAGCAGCUUCUUUGAUAUGACAAUUCAGCACUUGUGAACCAUGCAAUCUCGUUAUUUCCAGGCAUGACGACUGGGCACCGAUCUGACAAAUUGUAGCAUAUUAAAAGGUCAUAAGCCAUAGCAGUCCUACGGCAUGGCGAAUAGUAUUCAACACCACCCUGAAGGGAUACGUGAAGUGCACGUCCGAAUCCAGGUACUAUGGAAAACCAUCGCUUCACCGCCCGACGGGCCAUGACCUAACCUGGUGUUUUGUACGGGAGGGCUACAGUCCGCGCAUAGGCUAAACUUGCCGAGGACGCUAGCAGGAGCGAUUCCCCGCCCGACGAAAGUUCUGACGUACUUCGAAAUCACAAUGUCCUUGCAAGUCGCACCUCCCUCAUUAACACUUAAUGUGAGCAGUAGUUGAUAAUUCGCGGGAAGACGCUUGGAUUUGAAAUCCAACGCGAUCCUCUUCAGUACCCGAUUGAGAAUGCAAUUACCUUACUUCUGAUUGAACACCUGGCGACCAGAUUGUUUCUCGGGACAUCAGGCAGGCGGCCCCGGUGCUCAUCAGCUGUGAUUCCCGUAGGUUUUAGUAAACCCACUCGGAGAAGGACGACACAUGUCCCAUACUCAAAACAAUGCGUCUCGUUACUAUCAUCUUAGUCGCCGAUGUCUUUAGACUUCCAGCCUAGCUUAUCCACGUUGGUGGGGCAGGAUAGACAAAAACAGCCAUAAUAAAUCGCAUGUCUUCAUUAACCGAAUGGUUAUGUCUCCCACUUUGGCAUGUAGGCAAACACACUGGCUGCAUUUGACCACCUGGACGAACUAGCCAGCGGAGACGACACUCUACGCAUGGUCCUGUUGGCCAUCAAACUCUUUGACGACGACUCCCUGCCGGAGGAACUGCGUAGCCUAGUGAUCCCCUCUCGCAGAGCCUAUCUGGUCUUCCUGUGGACCUAUAUUCGCUGGCGAUCGGGUCCAAGACGCCUGCGCCAAGCCACCGAACUCUUCUCCCGCCUCCUAUUAGCCUUCGUGGAUCUGCGCACGCUCGAGAUCCGCAUGACAGAGUUCGCCAAACUGCUCAGCCUUGAGGGCCUGAGUCCGCUGAUGCGCGAAGUCUGCAGCCAGCGUCCAGUCGCCAAAGUCUAA